AUGAGAAGACCCAAUUCUUCUUAAAGACCUAAUUCAACACAAAAUUAUAAUCAAACUCUUAAAAGCUCUGGAGUUUUCGAAAACAAUGAAGAAGAAAGACAAAAAAAAACUCAGAUGGAAAAAGCUAGAUCGGAUGUUAGAAAAAAACAAGAAGAAUUACACUUGAAGCAACUUGAAUUCAAAAUAAUAGAAGCCAUGGAUAUGAAGGAAAUCAAUACAAUGCUAUUAGAGAGGAAUGCUGUUGUAUUCUAGCAAAUCAAAGAGAUUUUUGAUGAAGGAUAGGUCAAAGAACCUGAAAUUAAAGUUGAUCUGAAUUAGGUAGAUGUUAGAAAACCUAGAAUUGAUAACUAUGGCAAGAGGUAUGUUGAGUAAGCCAAAAACAUCUAUAAAAAACCAAAUCCUACUGAAAUUAAAGAGCUUGUGGAAUAAUUCAAUUAAAAUACUCGUUUGCAGGGAGCAAAGUAGGUGGACAGCUUUCAGAGAUUGCAUAUGGAAUAUUACAAGAUUUACGCUACAUUCUUAUAAUCACAACCAGUUGUUGAGUAGAAUAGAAGACAAUUGAUAUAAGAAUUGGGAGAGGUUCAUGAAUUGUUAUCAGUUUUAAAUAAUGCUCCGUCAUUCGAGAAACCAGCGAUUUGGAAUAAACAAUAACUGCCUGAGGAAGACAAAAUGAUUGUUGACGACAUAGUCAAUAAAAAUAUAAGGCAAAUAUAGAAUAAAUAUGACUUUUCCGUUCAUGAUUUUGACAAUGAAGGAGUCUUAGAGGAGGUUAAGGAUUAUAUUAAAAACAAGUAUUUUAAAGGAAUAGAUCAAAAUAAAUGA